CUAAGCCGCAGCCAUGGGGUGCUGGGGUCGGAACCGGGGCCGGCUGCUCUGCAUGCUGUUACUGACCUUCAUGUUCAUGGUCCUGGAGGUGGUGGUGAGCCGGGUGACCUCGUCGCUGGCGAUGCUCUCGGACUCCUUCCACAUGCUGUCGGACGUGCUGGCGCUGGUGGUGGCGCUGGUGGCCGAGCGCUUCGCCCGGCGGACCCACGCCACCCAGAAGAACACGUUCGGCUGGAUCCGGGCCGAAGUGAUGGGGGCUCUGGUGAACGCCAUCUUCCUGACCGGCCUCUGCUUCGCCAUCCUGCUGGAGGCCAUCGAGCGCUUCAUCGAGCCGCACGAGAUGCAGCAGCCGCUGGUGGUCCUCGGGGUCGGCGUGGCGGGGCUGGUGGUCAACGUGCUGGGGCUCUGCCUCUUCCACCAUCACAGCGGCUUCGGCAACGACUCCGGCCACGGCCACUCGCACGGGGGGCACGGCCACGGCCUCCCCAAGGGGGGCCGCGGCAAGAGCAGCCGCGCCGGCGGUAGCGACAGCAGCGCGGCCCCAGGGGAGCAGGGAACCGACCAGGAGGAGACCAACAUCCUGGUGGCCAAGAGCAGCAACUCCAACGGGCUGAAAUUGGACCGGACAGAUCCAGAAAAGUCCAGAAGUGAUGCAGUGGAAGUACAAGUGAAUGGGAAUCUUAUCAGAGAACCGGACCAGGUGGAAUUGGAAGAUGAUGAUGAUAAGGCUGGACAACUUAACAUGCGUGGAGUUUUUCUGCAUGUCUUUGGAGAUGCUUUGGGUUCCGUGAUUGUAGUAGUAAAUGCCUUAGUCUUUUACUUUUCUUGGAAAGGUUGUCCUGAGGGGGAGAUGUGUGUGAAUCCAUGUGUUCCUGACCCCUGCAAAGCAUUUGUAGAGUUAAUUAAUAGUACUCAUGCAACAGUUUAUGAGGCUGGUCCUUGCUGGGUGCUAUAUUUAGAUCCAACUCUUUGUAUUGUAAUGGUUUGUAUACUUCUUUACACAACUUAUCCAUUACUUAAGGAGUCUGCUCUUAUUCUUCUCCAAACUGUUCCCAAACAAAUUGAUAUCAAAAAUUUGAUAAAGGAACUUCGAGAUGUUGAAGGAGUUGAGGAAGUUCAUGAAUUACAUGUUUGGCAACUUGCUGGAAGCAGAAUCAUUGCCACUGCUCACAUAAAAUGUGAAGACCCGACAUCGUACAUGCAGGUGGCUAAGACCAUUAAGGACGUUUUCCAUAAUCACGGAAUUCACGCUACCACCAUUCAACCUGAAUUUGCUAGCGUAGGCUCUAAGUCAAGUGUAGUCCCUUGUGAACUUGCCUGCAGAACUCAGUGUGCUUUGAAGCAAUGUUGUGGGACACGGCCACAAGCCCAAUCUGGAAAGGAUGCAGAAAAGGCCCCGGCAGUUAGCAUUUCUUGUUUAGAACUUAGUGACAAUCUAGAGAAGAAGCCCAGGAGGACUAAAGUUGAAAACAUCCCUGCUGUUGUGAUAGAGAUUAAAAAAAUGCCAAACAAACAACCUGAAUCAUCUUUAUGAGUCUCGAAAAAGAUGUGAUAUUUGACUUUUGCUUUAAACUGCAAGAGGAAAAAGACUCCAUUGAAACUCUAUGUUUGCCAAGUAGUGUAAUUGAAGUCCUUGUCUGGUCACACAGUUUAAUUCUAUUUUUGUAAGAACAUAAUGGGGCUG